CUGUUGGCCUGCGAAUGACUUAGCCAUAUUCUCUUCUUUGAUAUCUCUCUCUUAUUCUCUUCCCCAUCUCUUUGCUUGAACUUCAUUAGUUUUGCCGAAGGAGAACUAGGGAAGGAAGCAGAUGGCAGCGGCACAAGCUCUCGUAUCGUCGUCGCUUACCUCCUCCGUCGAGUCGGCGAGGCAUCUGCUGGGGUCGAGGCCCGUCGCUUCCCCGAGGAAGGCCUCGUUCGUCGUUAGAGCCGCUUCGACUCCACCAGUCAAGCAAGGAGCGGAUAGGCAAUUGUGGUUUGCAUCCAAGCAAAGCCUUACAUACUUGGACGGAAGCCUCCCUGGUGACUAUGGUUUCGACCCGUUGGGUCUCUCAGACCCUGAGGGCACCGGAGGGUUCAUCGAGCCCCGGUGGCUAGCCUAUGGAGAGAUAUUCAAUGGGCGUUGCGCCAUGGUGGGUGCUAUUGGAGCGAUUGCACCCGAGAUUCUAGGAAAGGCAGGGUUGAUCCCACCAGAAACCGCCCUCCCCUGGUUCAAGACCGGUGUGAUCCCGCCGGCUGGGACGUACGACUACUGGGCCGACCCCUACACGCUCUUCGUGUUUGAGUUGGCUCUCGUGGGCUUCGCCGAGCACAGGAGGUUCCAAGACUGGUACAACCCGGGCUCAAUGGGCAAACAAUACUUCCUAGGGCUCGAGAAGGGCUUGGGCGGUUCAGGAGACCCAGCAUAUCCCGGUGGGCCGUUCUUCAACCCUCUAGGGCUUGGCAAAGACGAGAAGUCAAUGAAGGAUUUUAAGCUGAAGGAGGUGAAGAAUGGGAGGUUGGCAAUGUUGGCCAUGUUGGGCUACUUCAUCCAAGCCCCUGUGACCGGUGUUGGCCCUUUCCAAAACCUCCUGGACCACCUGGCUGACCCAGUCAACAACAACAUUUUGACCAACCUCAAGUUCCAUUAGGGUCUUUAAGUACUUCUCUUCCCUGUCACCACCGCCCCCUUGUGAUAUUGUAAUGACGUGAAAAAACGUUGAGGGAUUAAUGUGGAAACGUGUGACAUGUAAAGACCUGAAAACUGCACUUCUAAAUGGUACUUACCGCCUUGACA